AUGAACGUACAGGAGGCACCGAUCUUCCCCGUCCUGGAGGGUAAGGUCGCCAUCGUGACUGGCGCCGCCCAAGGGAUGGGUAAGGCCACCGCCUCGGUAUUCGUGCGAGCCGGGGCGAAGGUAGUCAUUGCGGACGUCAAGGCGGAAGAGGGCGCGCAGGUCGCAAAAGAGCUUUCUGAGCUCGGAGAGGUUCGCUUCGUGCAGACGGACAUCUCCAAGUCUGAGGAUGUGCAGAAGUUGGUAGCUGAAACCGUCAGCGCGUUCGGGAAGCUCGAUGUGGCGAUCAACAACGCCGCCAUGACCCCUGACAAGACAGCUCUCCUCGAAUUUGAUGAGGAUUACUGGGGUCGACUGAUGGACGUGAAUCUCACUGGGACCGCCCUCUGCUGCAAGUACCAGAUGCAGCAGAUGAAGAAGCAAGGCCAUGGAGGUUCCAUCGUUAACAUUGCUUCUAUCAAUGCCUACUCCCCGCAGCCUAAUAUGCCUGCGUAUACGGCAGCUAAGCAUGCGCUGCUGGGGUUGACCAAGCACGCAGCGACGGAGGGUGGCCCCUCUGGAAUCCGAGUCAACGCCAUUGCCCCUGGGGCUAUUUUUAGCGAGAUGUCUGCCAAGGCGCUGGAGAUUAUGGGAACAACACAUGAUGAGUUUGCGCCCAAAGUGAGCAGUCUGAACCGGUUCGGACAGGCCCACGAGGUAGCACAUGGGUCGUUGUGGCUGGCUUCCCCCGGUUCUUCAUACGUAACGGCCCGAGGUUUGUUCACCAUCCCCUGUUCGCAAGUCGUUCCCCUCACGCUGACCUUUCCUGCCCCAGGCAUUGGGUCCGCCAUCGCCCGUAAUCUCGCCAGCAAGGGAAGCAAUGUGGUGAUCAACUACGCCACUGAAGCCUCGGACGCCCCUGCAGCGGCCCUAGCGGCAGAGCUAGAGCAGGCACAUUCGAUCCGUGCCCUUCCCCUGCGGGCAGACAUCACAUCGCGCAGCGAAUGCGAGCGUCUUGUUUCCACAACCAAGGAGCACUUCCGCAAGCCCCAUACCGACGCUUUUCAAAUCGACAUCAUCAUCCACAAUGCGGCAAUCGUUUACGUCGGUCCCGUUGAGACCGUCGACGAGAAAGAGUUCCAACGCAUCUAUGAAGUGAACGUUCUCGGCCCCAUCUUGCUCACGGGCGCGUGCAAGCCCUACCUGCCGACGGAUCGCUCCGGGCGUAUUGUAAUGCUGUCCAGUAUCAACUCGAAGGUUGGCACGGCGUACACGACGCUCUAUGCUGGAACCAAGGGGGCCGUGGAAGCCAUGACGCGCGUCUGGUGCCGCGAGCUGGCUGAGCGAGCCACCGUCAAUUCCAUCAACCCAGGCCCCGUCAUGACGGCUAUGUAUCUCAACGCGUCGGACGAAAUCAAGCAGAGCUUGGCCUUGUGGAACCCCCUGACCCCACUUGUCCCGGUUCGCGAAACAGACAGCCCGGAAGUGAGGGCGCUUGGGGAGAAGUUUGGCGGCAGGGCCGCUUAUGCAGAGGAAAUUGCGGGUCUGGUGGCCACGAUUUGUAACCCCGAGUUUGGCUGGUGUACAGGAAGUAUCAUUUCUGCAAAUGGUGGGCUAUCGUUUAGUGUCUGA